AUGGAUGUGAAGGAUAUACAUAAACAGGAGAAUACAGCAUCUCACACAGGAGAGAAGCCAUUUUCAUGUUCGGAAUGUGGAAAAUAUUUUAGUAAUAAAUCAUAUCUUGUAACUCAUCAGAGAACUCACACAGUAGAGAAGCCAUUUUCAUGUCCAGAAUGUGUGAAGUGUUUUAGUCAAAAAAAAUUUCUUCAAAAACAUUUGAGAACUCACACAGGAGAGAAGCCAUUUUCAUGUCCAGAAUGUGUGAAGAGUUUUAGUAAUAAAUUAAGUCUUGUGGAACAUAUAAAAACUCACACAGGAGAGAAGCCAUUUUCAUGUCUGGAAUGUGUGAAAUGUUUUAGUCAUAAAUCAAGUCUUGUGGAACAUAUGAGAACUCACACAGGAGAGAACCUAUUUUCAUGUCCAGAAUGUGUGAAGUGUUUUACACAAAAAGCAACUCUUUUACAACAUAUGAGAACUCACACAGGGGAGAAGCCAUUUUCAUGUCCAGAAUGUGUGAAGUGUUUUAGUCUAAAAUCAAGUCUUGAAAAACAUAUGAGAACUCACACAGGAGAGAAGCCAUUUUCAUGUCCAGAAUGUGUGAAGUGUUUUAGUCAAAAAUAUAGUCUUGUGGAACAUAUGAGAACUCACACAGGAGAGAAGCCAUUUUCUUGUUCAGAAUGUGUAAAGAGUUUUACACACAAAACCAAACUUGAAAAACAUCUGAGAACUCACACAGGGGAGAAGCCAUUUUCCUGUCCAGAAUGUGUGAAGUGUUUUAGUCAAAAGUCAAGUCUUGAAAAACAUAAGAGAAAUCACACAGGAGAGAAGCCAUUUUCAUGUCCAGAAUGUGUGAAGUGUUUUAGUCAAAAGUAUAGUCUUGUGGAACAUAUGAGAACUCACACAGGAAAGAAGCCAUUUUCUUGUCCAGAAUGUCUGAAGAGUUUUACACACAAAACAAAACUUGAAAAACAUCUGAGAACUCACACAGGAGAGAAGCCAUUUUCAUGUCCAGAAUGUGUGAAGUGUUUUAGUCAAAAGUCAAGUCUUGAAAAACAUAUGAGAACUCACACAGGAGAGAAGCCAUUUUCAUGCCUGGAAUGUGUGAAGAGUUUUAAACAGAAAGAAAUUAUUUUACAACAUAUGAGAACUCACACAGGAGAGAAGCCAUGUUCAUGCUUGGAAUGUGGAAAUGUUUUAGGCUGA